GCAAUUCAAGUGUCAACUCAACUGUUGGAUUUUUUACAUUCCCAUUUUUGUGUAUUUUUAUUUAUGGCUUCUGGUCUUCAUGGUAAACACUCCAAAAAAGGCCUCUGCCGUUCAAGCCUAGCACCAGACUAGAGAGAGGGCUGUUUUUCGCCGGAAACCUACUUACCGUAUUCAUUUCUCCGGCUUUCCGGCCAUGGCCGACCCCGGCUCCAUCCUUUUCCCGGGAAAUCUUGAUCCCAAAGCCCAAGAAUUCUUCCCCGUGAAUCCGUACCCUUACCCUUCCCCUCCUUCAGUUCAAUUAUGCAAUUUCUAUUAUCCCAAUUACUUCCCCUCUCCCCCUCUCCCCCUUCCUCCGCCGGCGGCGGAGGUCUUCGGGUACGCCCCGGACCCGCCGUUACACGCCCCUUGCCUCCCGCCGCGGAGCCCGAUCCAGACCCGGACCAUACUCGUCAGCAUGCUCCCGGCCGACGUCAGCGAGACGCGGGUGCGGCGGGAGCUGGAGGUGUUCGGCGACGUCCGGGCCGUCCAGAUGGACCGGGUCCGGGAAGGGAUCGUGACGGUCCACUUCUACGACCUCCGCCACGCGCAGUGGGCGGCGGGGGAGAUUCAGCAGCAGCACAUGCAGCAGCAGGACCGCCUGCGCCGCCACUUCGAGUCCGGCGCCGCUGCUGCUGCCGUUCCCCCGCCGCUUUCUGCCCCGGGACCGGGACUGAUCGCCGGGCAGGCGGUGUGGGCCCAGUUUAUUGCUCCGGCCACGUGUAGCAUCCCGGAUGGCAACAACCAGGGUACCUUGGUACUGCACAAUUUGGAUCCCGACGUUUCCGCGCGCCACCUCAGAGAUAUUUUCCGGUCAUUUGGGGACGUGAAGGAAGUGAGGGAGACGCCAAUGAAGAGGCAACAAAGAUUCGUGGAAUUCUACGACGUUAGAGACGCCGCAAGUGCCCUAACGGAGAUGAACGGCAAGGAAAUCAACGGCCGUCCGUUACUCGUCGAGUUCAGCCGUCCCGGCGGCCUAAACUCCCGCAGAUUCCCCCGGCCGAAAUCUUCUCCCCCCUCUCCCACCACCGCCGUGCUCCCGCGGGUUCAAGACCAUUCCCCCAGCUCCAGCUCCAGGAAAAACAGUAGCUCCGGCGGUGGCAAGAGGAGCUGGAAAAAGGGCGGCGGUGGCGGAGGCGGGGGUUGUUCGGGGAAACCGAAGGGGAAGGGCGGGAGAGAAUGGAGGUGGUGGAAUGAGGGUAAUAACAACAACAACAACAACAACGUGGAUGGUUAUGAUCCUCGUUUUGUGAUGAUGAAUGAGGAUGAGAUUGAUAAUGGUUCAGAUUGUAGAGACCUGAGAACCACUGUGAUGAUAAAGAACAUACCAAACAAAUACAGUCAGAAGCUACUGCUGAGCAUGCUGGACAACCACUGCAUUAGCUGUAACGAUCAGAUUUCCUCCGCCGGCGGCGGCGCCGACGAUGACGGCAGCAGCCUCCACCGCCCCUUUUCCUCCUAUGAUUUCGUCUACCUGCCAAUUGACUUCAUAAACAAGUGCAAUGUGGGAUACGGAUUUGUGAACAUGACAUCCCCGGAAGCAGCGAGGAGACUCCACAAGGCUUUCCACUUGCAAACUUGGGACUCUUUCAACUCCAGAAAAAUAUGCCAAGUCACUUAUGCAAGAAUCCAGGGAAUAGAAGCAUUGAAAGAGCACUUCAAGAACUCGAGGUUCCCGAGCGAAGCGGAGGAGUACAUGCCGGUGGUGUUCUCGCCGCCGCGCGACGGCCGGACGCUGACUCUCCCGGCGCCGAUCUUCGGCUGCGGAGUGGAACCCACACUGCUCCUCGGUCUGGAAAGCAUCGCCUUAGAAGAUGAUGAUGAUGGGACGACCGAGGGAAGCGGCAGCAGCAGCAAUGAUGACGACGGGGCGGCGGCGACAAAAUACGGCGGCGCCGGCGGAAAUGACGGCGGCGGUCGCGGGGACAAUGAUUGAGCGAGAAAGCGGUCUCUUUUCGAUCUUUGCAUGGUUGACAUUCGUCAAACUAUCAAAAAGAUUUUCGGACUGCGGGAAAAGAUCCCCCCCACCCACCCACUUUAUUAUGUGUAAUCAUUAUUUGAAAUUAAAACUCCAGCUGCUAGGGUAGGUGACCUACUAAAACUAGGUCUGCCCU